ACACGGUGUUGUUUAAAUGUCGUCCUCACCAAGUGACCAAGCUAAUUCACAACAGCCAGGAGCCCUGCAGCUUUGCCUGUCUGGUGAAGGACACGCCAGAGUGUGCCUGCUAUGUCUUCAGGUGCCAGGACAGCACCAAGCCACAGUUGCAGCAGGUGUCCGGGGAAGGCCAGAGACAUAUGAUAGCGUGCCGUGCCCGACAUACUGAGGACUUCAAAGGGUGGGUAAAUCACGGAGAAUGGAGACAAUGAAGGGUAACGUGAAACUAAAUCAGUCAAAACACAAAACGGCAGUUUGACCUUAAUCUCUGCUACAUGUGCACAUGCCUGGGCUCGCAUAACACACACCUGCAGGCUUAUGUCCUGCCUGCAUAUGCUGUUUGGUGUACCGUAAAUAUCACAUGGCCUGCAGCAUAUGAAGCGGAAAUGCACACAUACACUUCACUGUUGAGCUUCACUGUUCUCAUGAUUUCAUGUGUGUGUGUGUGUGUGUGUGCGAUUGAAAGUAAAUAAGCAUACUUUACGCCAACCGCACAGGACGUGGAACCAUGUAACCAUGGCGACCACUUCCUGUGGCCCAGCACCUGUUGUGAUGUGUGUGUGUGUGUGUGUGUGCGCUUGUUGUUAGCACUGUCUUUUUAGACCUUCAAAAAAAUCCAAUGAUGAUGUCUGGCUGACCACCUGUUACUCAAGCUCUGUCAAGCUGGGCUCACACGCACAAACACACGUGCGCGCCUGCACGUUUACAUGCAAGCUAAUUAUGAAGUGGGCAACAUUGUGGGGCUUUAUAUACUUGCUGUGUCAUUAACACAGACUUCUUUUAGUCUUUUUAAAUGCUCCAAUUUAACAGCCUUAACGUCCCGAGAAUGAAGGGUCAUGUGUAUAAAUAUGUAUACAUCAUGCAAUAUGUGUCACUCAGUGUCGAGAAGCAGCAGAUUUACGGUGCAGACUGUAAAAGUGACUGAACUAUUGACUGCAAACAUAAAGAAUCUGAUCCGGAGGGCAUCAAACGACUUCCGGGUCCCUUCCUGGUAGGGGCUGCACGAUAAAUCGUUAAAAAGAAAAUCGCGAUCUCGAUUCACACAUAUGCGUGAUCUCAUUUCAAAACACAGCAAUUCUUAAGCAUUUUAUUUCACUUGAGGCAUCACAAACAAAUGCUCCCAUUUCUUCCCGGAUUUUUUCAAGUGCCCCUAAAGGCAGCGCUGCCGCUGACUCCCCCUUGACCUAUGUUAAAGCGUCUUUACAACACGUGAUUCUGUCAGUGGAGGAAGCCCGCCUGCUGUUGAGUGCGUGGAAACAGUGAGGGAGAGAAGCAGAGAGAAGUCAGCGGUAAAGAGAGUUAAAUGAAGAAACCCCAGGUGGUAGUGGCGAGAGUCACCCACAGACCCAAACCGAACUCGUGCCCAAAAAAGGUUUGCAUGCGGCGGUGUGGAAGUAUUUUAGAUUUAAGCCAGACAAUGACAAACAGUCUGAGGUGCAUUGCAAAGUGUGUUCUGCCCUCAUUGCAGCACCGCAAGGCAACUUGCAUGACCAUUUGAAUGUUUUUUUUUUGUUGUUUUGUUUUGUUUCUUUGUUUUGUUAAAGUUCGUCAGUGCAAUAAACAUUUUGUAAACAAACAAACAAAAAAAAUCGUGCUAAAGAAUCAUGAUCUCAAUUCUAAAAUCUCGUGAAUCUCGUGAUUCACAUUUUUUUCCAGAAUCGUGCAGCCUUACUUCCUGGGACGAAUCACACAUUCACACGUCUAUGAGAGAGAAACAAGAACAACAUGAAGGCAAGGGAGAGUGAAAAAAAAAGAAAGACAAGAGGCAAAGCUGAAUUUCCUGGCAUACAAAGAUCCAGAUCAGAUGGCACGAGUCACCAAGAGGCGAGGAGAGAGUGAAAGGUCCCAGGACACUUGAUAGUCUGAGCAUUGAAGCCUGAGAGAAAAGAGAGGAGAGGGAAGAGAAAAUGGAGAGCUUUGGACACACACAUAGUCGUUUGAUGUGACACACUCAGCAUCAGUACUCAGUCUAAAUGCAUUGUUCACCAUUUGACGUACACAGCGACAGAAUAAUCUAGACUUAUCACCCACGGACAGACCUCGAAAAAUCUCACGUUUUCCGAGAGUCAUGUCUUCGAUGCGUCGCGCCAAUAAUUUCACUCUGAGAAAACGCUAAACCACGCGCGCGCACAAGAUGACACCACAUGUGUGUGAUUACUGUCACUUUCAGGUCGGGGAGGUGAUGGUACAGUAAUGAGCGGUUUCAUUUUCAUCACAAUUUCAUGCGCGGCAGAUAUUCAAAUGGGUUUUUAUACGUGGGGUUUGCAUGCAAAACAAAGGUAUUCAAAUGGCUGAAUCUUAAGAGGAACAUCUUGAACUUUUUCUCUACCGUGUGGUCAUGAGAUGAAUAUGUAUGUAGCAUCGCCUGAAUUGAUUUUAUUUAGUAAUUUUAAUACUAGCCAAUCAUGUUUUAACUUUAAUACAAAAAAAAGUAAUUAUUUGCAAGUGAAUGUUUAAAGUUGACCAGAACACUCACUACGUGAACCUUUUAGAUGAACUGAUUCUUUCAGUCUGUUCAGGGUUAAGACUUGCUUUUAGAGAAUUAUUAGUAUGCUGUAUCAUGUUGCUUUGUUUUGUCCUUCUGUGUAUUUUGUGAACGUGGGUGUCGGAACGUGGGAUAGAAAAAUAAAUGCCACGAGAAUAAGUAGCAUCAGUUCCAAUUGUGCGCUUUGCAGAUAUAAAGAGAAACUACCUCCCCUGUGUCUGGGAACAGAAGUACUCUCAGCGGGUCUGUGGGAUUUCCCCCUGCUUCCACGGUGGUUAAAGCAAAAGCCACUAGGUGUCGCCGUAGAGGUGUUUAUAUGCAUAAAAGUAUUUUUCGUUGUGUUUUGGGGGGUUUGUUUCUUUGUUUUUGUGAUUGCAGCUGCUUGAAAUGUGUGUUUUAAUCUCCAUCACUAGUUCUUAAAAAUGUCUCUGUCUGUCCGUCUGUCUUUAGAAAUGUAGUUUAAUUAUUAUCAUCACAAAUCCACUGUUAGACAGCAGAUGGUAAUGACUGAAGUGCAGUGAGAUACUAUAGUAUUACUUGCUACUAGACUUAAUAGGCUUGUAGUUUGUUGCUAGACUUGAUAAUUAAAACUAUUUUCCUCAUCAGUGCAUGACUAAAUUGAUUAUUUUUAGCAAGAUUUUCAUUACUUUGAAAUCACACCAGGGGAGUUAAAACUAAACUGGGAGUGGGAGUAUUUUUUUAAUAAUAAUAAUAAUAAUAAUAAUAAUAAUAAUGAUAAUAAUGAUAAUAAUUUGUUGAUUGAUGCUUGUAUGCAUAUCAUCUCUGCAUUUUCAGCAAGUAACACAUUAAUAGAAUGAAUUAAAUGUGUUGGGUUUUUUGUCUAUUCUUUAAAUAGAACUUACACAAGCCUUUCACUAAUCGUACGUUUAAUUUGUGUCAAAUAUUAUAGCAUUACAGCAUCUUUCAGUGAUGACAAAUGAUGCCUGUAGACAGAUUCUUGUAUUUCAGAUUCAGAUUUAAAGUAAGGUUUAAUUCAUUUGAGGGCAUGGGGAUGAGACGAUUCGGUUAUCUGCUGCACUAACUGUUAUAAAUUGUGCACAUUGUGUCAAAUGUUGACCAAAGGACCUUGUCAUUAACAUUUCUGGGAUAAGUUCAUCAUUCAUCUCCGCCCCUGGGGCAUCCAUUCCUGCAUGAUUGCCUGCGGACAGGAAACACUGUUUAUAUUUGGUCAUACCAAAGAAGAUAACACAUGCAGGCACGAUGAACGCCUCCCAGAAAGUCUACCGCCUAAACUUUGACUGCUCCCGGACAGGAACUGUGUCCACCCCAUCCUAUCAACGCAUUGGAGGACCGGCCCUAGCGUCAAAGUCACCACAGUUAGUCGUGGAACAAUGUCGGAAGUGAUCCGUCGCGCCUUCAAAAUAAAAGGAAAUAUUACAAAGUGUAAAUGGAUGUCCACUUUAAUUACUGGAAUGUAUCUUACUGUGAAAGUUCUAAACCGGACGCGGUGGUGUUUGACAGUUAGCCGCAGGGUCCUCCUCCGCUUCGGGGAGCAAAACCAACUUUCCAAUGAAAUGGUACAGACGUGCCCCACACUACAGGAAGAGUAACUAACUGCUCAGCUCUUGUUUUUUUUGGGGGAAGUUUAUGGCGGAUGGGAUGAAAGCGCGACUCCAGCGACUCAACCUGUUCAACAUUAAACAAGAACAGAAAGAUGUCCCUGAGAUCAUCAGCACGUUGAGGCAAGCCGGCAAAAGCUCGGCGCGCAACAAUGACGUCGCCGCCGUCUCCGCCAAGACGUCCACCAGCUCCGGAGACAGCGACUCCUCCGAAACGUGCUUCUCCUCCUUCUCCAACGCGACGACCUCGGCGGCGCCCGCUCCCGUCAUGUCUCCGACGGCCUUCGCCAAGAAGUUCGAGGUGCUGUUCUGCGGCCGCGUGAGCGUCGCCCACAAGAAGGCCCCGCCCGCCCUGAUCGACGAGUGCAUCGAGAAGUUCAGCCAGCUGAACAGCUCGGCGGCCGCCGACAAAGGCGGAGGAUUGGUGGGGGGGCUGAGGAGGGUUUUGAGCUUCCAGUCCAACGGGCUGGGAAGCGGUGGCGGCGGCGCCGCCGGUGACGGCGCUUCGGGGAGCCCCACCCUGGGGACUCGUCACGUUCUCUUCAAGAGGGACCCCAGCUUCCCGUGUCUGCAAGCUCUGGAUGAGAACGGCCUUUCACCGGAGAUUUCCAACACCAACACUACUGAUCCGCAUGCCCGCCCUGCUGACGUGCAGCCCACCAGCCUGAGGGAGAACAGGACCAUGCUGUUCACGGUGGGCAGGUCUCAGAUCUUCCUGGUUAGUCCAGACACUAAGAAAGUUGCCAUAGAGAAGAGUUUCAGAGAAAUCUCCUUCUGCUCACAGGGUAUUCACCAUGUGGAUCACUUCGGCUUCAUCUGCAGGGAAACGGUUGAAGGGGGAAACUGGCACUUUGUGUGCUAUAUCUUCCAGUGUACUGAUGAAUCACUGGUGGAUGAGAUCAUGCUGACCCUGAAGCAGGCGUUCUCUGUCGCUGCCCUGCAGCAGAACGCGAAAACCCAGAGCCAGCAGUGUGACAGCUGCCCCAUGCAGCAGCUCCACCGGCUCUGCGAGCGGAUAGAAGGUCUGCACCCAUCUAAAACCAAACUGGAGCUUCAGAAACACCUGGCUACGUUGGACAACCAGGAGCAAGCUUCUGUCUUUGAGAACACCGUGCGGGCUCGUCCAAAGAGCGAUCAGGAGGAGAAUGAGCUGGUGAUGGCCUCUUUAAGGAGCCUGUAUGAAGAGAGACAGAAGAGCCAUCAGCACACACUACCUGGAGACAGCAAACGGGCGUGUGAGGAUGCGGCUCCGGCACCUCUGGAGGCUCAGCAGCAGAGCAGCAGUCGACAGCGACUCGAGCAGUUCAAGAGCCGAGCCAAGCGCUCGCUCACCGAGUCCCUGGAGGGCAUCUGGAAGGGAAGCAGCAAGGCCAGAGCUCAGAGGGACAACAGCGAGGGAAGUGAAAGCGGCUCCUCUGUCUGUACUGUCAACAGCAGCCAGGACCAGGCCUGUCUAGACGACCCCUUGUCCAGCUCCUCUCAUCUACGACCCACCAGCCCACUCAGGUGCCACAACUCCACAGGAGACCUGAAGGACCUCGAUAGCUCUCUUCCCCUGUCGCUCUCCUCCUCCUCGUUGCCCGGCGACGCCCGGCCGCAGGGCUUCAGGAGACGGGCCAGCACCUUCAGCCACCCCCCGACUCCUUCCUCCGAUCUCGACUGCUCCCCGGUGCACGUGCUAAUUCACUCACCGAAGGAGCCGACAGCAGCCACCAAGCCCAAGCUCGUACGACACUACUCCGUCAGCACAGAGACGCCACACCAGAGCAAAAAUGCCCCCUCCGACUCUGCCCUUCCUCCUGUUCCUCCCUACCCUUCAUCCAACUCUCCUCUCCUCCUCCGCCAUCCUUCCUCACCUUCUGCUGGAGCCCGGCUCAGUAAGAGAAGUCCUCUCGGUGGUCUCCGUGCCCGUCUCCACUCCUCCUCCUCUGUCCCUAAUUUUCUGAAAUUUCAAUUUCUGGCCCCUGUUCAAGAGAACGAUUGUCCCGACCUGAAAAAGAGUGACGUAGCAGCUCUCUCUGCGCCAAAUUCAGCAUCUUGCGUAGGGGAAAGUCCUCUACGCAGCCACCGCCACUCAUGGAGGCAGCAGAUCUUCCUACGGGUCGCUACGCCUCAAAAAGGCACGGACGCCAACGAGCGGGGGGAUCCCUGUUUAGAAGGGGGCCAUGCGUGCAUGGGCCUGGUGGUGGGCGGAGCGAGCGGGGACUCGACCAUCCGAGCGGUGCCGGAGGAGAGGACGAAGAGGAGCUCGGAGGAGCUGAGGGAGCUGUGGAGGAAGGCCAUCCUGCAGCAGAUCCUGCUGCAGAGGAUGGAAAGAGAGAACCAGAAACUCCAAGCCUCAGAGAGCGAUCUGCAGAACAAGCGUCUGAAGUUGGACUAUGAGGAAAUCACACCGUGUCUGAAGGAGGUCACUCUGGUGUGGGAGAAAAUGCUGGGAACUUCUGGAAGAUCAAAGGUCAAAUUUGACUCUGAGACCAUACAUGCUGCCGUUGCGCAAGGCGUCCCGAGGCAGCAUCGCGGCGAGAUCUGGAAGUUCCUCUCCGAACAGUACCUGCUCAGACAGACGGUCCCUUCCCGACCCCCCUCCAACCACACUCCGUACAAGGAGCUGCUGAAGCAGCUCACCUCGCAGCAACACGCCAUCCUCAUAGACCUGGGUCGCACUUUUCCCACUCAUCCGUAUUUCCAAGCCCAGCUGGGGGCAGGACAGCUGUCUCUGUAUAACAUACUGAAAGCGUACUCGCUGCUUGACCCUGAGGUGGGCUACUGCCAGGGCCUGUCCUUCAUUGCUGGAGUGCUGCUUUUGCACAUGGGGGAGGAGGACGCCUUCAACAUGCUCAAAUUUCUAAUGUAUGAUGUAGGGCUGCGCAAACAGUACCGGCCCGACAUGAUUAUCCUGCAGAUUCAGAUGUACCAGUUGUCUCGGCUGCUCCACGACUACCACCGAGAUCUUUACACCCACCUUGAGCAGCAGGAGAUCGGGCCCAGCUUGUACGCCACCCCCUGGUUCCUCACCGUGUUCGCCUCGCACUUCCCCCUCGGCUUCGUGGCCAGAGUCUUUGAUAUGUUGUUCCUGCAGGGCUCAGAGGUCAUCUUCAAGGUGGCCUUGAGCCUGCUGGGGAGCCACAAGCCUCUGAUCCUGCAGCAGGACAACCUGGAGUCCAUAGUGGACUUCAUCAAGACGACGCUGCCCAACCUGGGCCUGGUGCAGAUGGAGAAAACCAUCAACCAGGUCUGCGAGAUGGACGUGUCCAAGCAGCUCCAGGCCUACGAGGUCGAGUACCACGUGCUGCAGGACGAGCUGCUGGACACGCCCCCCACCCUCAACCAGCACCAGCGAGCCGCCCAGCUGGAGAGGACGAACCAGAGCCUCCGACAGCAGAACCUCGACCUGCUGGAGGAGCUGCAGGUGUCCCAAGCUCGCGUCUGCAGCCUGGAGAGCCGAGUGGAGGCGUUGGUGCAGGCCGAGGGCCGGCUCCAGGAGCAGGUCACCGCGCUGGAGGAGGAGAAGGAGCAGCUGGCGACCACGGUGACGCGCCUCCAGGAGCUCCUCAGCAGCCUCGGCAUACACUCCAACCAAGAUGGACACACACUCCCCGCGGCGUCCGAGCAGCACGCGGGCGCCGCGGCGUCAAAGCUGGACGGCCGAGAGGGACUGGACAAACGGACGGUGGACGCCCUGCACCAAACGCUGCUUCUCCCGAAGGCUUCGUAAACCGCGUCUUAUAAUGUUACCGGAUGGUAAGGUCGUCCAGAGAAGGAGACCCAGGACUCGAGACUCCUCCCACUUCCACAAUAUUUUAAUAAAAAAAAAAGAGGAAAGACGGAUGGAGGAGUGGAGAUAUAGCAGGAAGGAUAAAAGAGAGAGAGAAAAAUAAAUGAGGCUUUAACAAAUCUAAAUAUAUGUGUGACUGAGAUUCCCCAAAGAUAGCACUGGUCCUCAACCGUAAAAACACAACAGUUAGAUUUGCACCUGCCUUUACUGUUGCAACUUUAAACAUAUUCAAGUGUGUUUAGUUGCAACCAGAUGAAAAUGUCCAAAGACUCUAUAGUAAAGAACAAGAAGCUAAAACAACAAAGACUCUGUACGCUAUACAGUAUUUUUUUUUUUUUUUUUUUUUUUUUUUUUUUUACUGAUCGCUGUUACACAAAACGUUAAGAAUCGAUCCAAAGGAAAGUUGUGACGGGAAAGUGCGACGGAGGGACGGGUGAAGUAAUAGACUUCAUGACAAAGUGUUCUUUUCUCUAAUAGACGUUGAGUUUGACAUUAAUGAUGUUAGACCUUGGCUGGCGGCGCUCAUAUUCAGAGGUCCGAGGUGAACUAUUUUUUGCCCCUUCCUCCGCAUUGAUAGUCUUCCACAUGUGUUGUUUCCUGACCCGGUGCGUUUUGGACCUCAUUUAGCCACAGUACCUUACAGGAAGAGCAACACAAUAAAUCCAGUCCAUUUCACAUCCUGUUUUUUCACCUUUGAGUGCACGUCGAUUCAUCUGUGUAGAUGGGAAAAUCUGCAACGCUAGCUGUCCCUUUCUAGUGUGUGUGUGUGUGUGUGUGUGUGUGUGUGUGUGUGUGUGUGUGUGUGUGUGUGUGUGUGUGUGUGUGUGUGUGUGUGGGGUGGUACAGACUUUCACCAGUCAGCUGCUCCAAUUUACUGCAAAGGACAAUUAGUUCUGAAACUUCACAUAGAAAAAAAAAAAAAAAAACCUCUGAUGUUGAGACAAUCUGUCGCCUGUAAAUCAUUUACUGUAUCCAACACACUGAAUUCCUUUGACCCGAGCUGCAGCUUGGCGUGUUUGUUUAUGAAUGUUACCGUGUGUCCUCGCGCACUCCACUGAUUGCAACAAAAACCUGUCGGUUUACACUGUAAAGACGUUUCGCUUUUUACCCUCGACUCUCUUUGCACAUGUGUUGUGUUUUAUUGAUUAUUACUGUUGUCGUCCUCCUGUACUUUAAAAAUACAUUUCAUAUUCUUUCAGCA